UUUGACAUGUUCUGUCCAUUUGCUUCGUUUCUUCUUCCCAGAGAUAUUCAAAAGUAAAAUUUAAUUUCCAUCAUCUCCAACACUUUUAAACUCAACAAUAUUGUUUUAAUUGUCUCAUCUUGAAAUAAUUUUUUUAUAUAUCGUCUCUUUUCUGGAUUUUAGAGAGAUAAAAUGAUGAAUGCAUAUUUUUUAGAUCUCAUGUUGAUUAUUUCUCUUCUUGAGAUAAAAUUAGUUCUUCUAUACUCCAACAUCUAUGGUGAUAAUGAAGAUGAUGUGGAAUGCAAAGCCAUUAAAGAGCGUCUCAUGAAAUCUAAAAUCAGUCUCACACUGUACUCGUCAAAAAGCUGUUCUGUUCCUUUAUUUCUAUGGAUUCUCUUUCACUUUUAAUUCUUGCAGCAUAUGGAGCCAUUGUUAGCUUUACUGGUAUUGGUUAUUGUGUUUGAUAAGAUUAUAGUCAGCUAUAAAAGCAAUAACAUCAUUUGGAUGUUCAACAAACUGAAUUGGAUGAUGUUUUUAUUGCGAAUGGCGACCAUCAGUUUUUAAUAAUGGCUAGUAUGGUGACUCAUAAGCCAAUUUCAAUACGAAAAGAGCAAAUAAGUGAAGAUAAAAAGACAGUCUAUCGAACAAGUUUUAGCUCCAACUUCAAUCAACCUGCAGUGGUAGAAAAAUUUAUCACUUGAAAGAUUUUAAAAGCACUAGUUAUGACGGCAAGAAAAAAACUUCUUCUGCACAAGAGAUACACCCGCAGGUUCAAUCAAAUUCAAUGUCGAAAAGUUCAUUAAGUCAGAAAACUAGAAGCAAGUCAUCGCCAAAUUAUAUUAGGCCAAUGACAAUAACUAAAGAAGUGUUAAGUAGAGUUUCUUCACCGUUGCAAACAACAACAAACAAUGCUGCUUUACUCCCUCAAAAUACACCUCCUUCAGUUGAGACCAAUAAUUUAAUUGAAACAUCUCUCCAUUUAGAUCAAGAUCAAGAUUUAUCAGCAGUACCAAAUGAUUCCACUACAAUUGGAUCAACAACUCAUGACGCUUCUCCUGUAAAAAAAGAGAGGUCGUGGUGUAACUACUAGAUUUGAAGUUAAAAAGAGAGCAAAAGAAGGUACUAAAAUAGGUGGAAUUAUCAUUAAAAAGGGAAUACAUUUGCCCGUUGGUCCAGCUGAAAAAAUAUUUAAGAUGGAGAUUGGUGUUCUAACUCGCCAAUAUGCACCAAAAGGAGUUUUUUAUUGGACUGAUGUGACUGAUGCGGAUAAACAGCCUAUAUUAGUAAAACUUGCGGGUGAGUUUGACAUAGACAUAGAAGAUCCUCAUAUAAAAAAGGUUAUUGACAAGAUCAUGUCAAGACGCUUCACUAGUUUCAAACAUCGUUGUCAUAUGCAUUAUAAGAAGUUUGAGACUUUUGAUGAAGCAAGUAAACACCCCAUUGACAAUAUCAAAUCUGAAAAUUGGAUAACAUUUUGUAAGCAUUUCGAAGAUGAAAAGUUCAAGGCUCAAAGCAUAACAAACCGAGGUAACCGAGGCAUGAUGCAAGUUCCACAUACUUCAGGUUCAAAGUCGUACUGUCAGCGCCUGUAUGAAAUGGAAAUGAUGGAACGUGAUCUGGAAGAAAAUACGGAAGAUAAUCAAGAUGAUAUAAAUCGAGCAAAUGAAAGCUAUGAGGGAGAAGGCGAUGGUUGAUGGUGUUGAAAUAACUGGACGUGAGAUCCUUGAAAAUGUGCUAAAACCAAAAUCAGGUUAUAUUCGUGGGCUUGGAUACGGUGUGAAGCCAAAAAAAAUAAGAGAAGUAGAACUGGAAUCUCUUUUGCAAGCUGAAAAGAUCGAAUCUCAGGCAAUAAACGAUGAGCUAACAAAGCAAAUAGAAAGCCAACAAACGGUAAUUAGCCGCUUACAAAAUUCUUAUGAUGAAUUAAUGUUUAAAAUUGACGAGUUAAAGCGUCAACAAGAAGGAUGUGUCAGUUCUGCUACUCAAGAUUGAAUUUGAAAAGCAAGCACUGGAUAGAUAUUGUUGGUUUGCAUCUCAACAAAACAAGAAGUUUAUUAUCUUUUAUUUUAUGUUUAGAAAAUUAAAUUUAUAUAUUCUUAGGAAUGAUCCUUUAUAUUUUUAUUGUAGAAAUGGACUGAUAGUUUUAGCAAGUAUUUCAUAGUGCAUGGAUUCUCUAUAAUUUAUAAUAGUAUUGGAUUGUAUUAACAGUUGCGUUAUAUGCUUUCAAUUGAUCCGAAUGAUUCAUUAUUAUAUUUUCA